UUUUGCGUUACUCUGACAAGUAGUUAGAGGAGUGCGCAUCUUAACGUUGUUGCAGUGCGAGACGAUAGCAGUAAACACUGUUCCAAGCCAGCAGUGUUGACGUUACCAUAACUAACGUUAGCUUGAAGACAGUUCUGUUCACGAAGAAACAUCGGGGGUUUGCGGGCACGGGAAAAUAAUGGGAAGGAGUGUUCACGACUCUUUCAACACCGCAAGCCCUUUUUGUCCCCAAACCCCUGUCUCCUCUCCUUCACUGCCAGUAGCCUAGCCAACACAAGCUAGCUUGGAUAGCUGGUUAGCUCACGACCCACCUGCAGCCGUCGUGCGCACACGGAGUAAAAAUGGUGUACCUAUUAAAUCCUCUAGAGAAUCUGAAGACCUACAUAAGCAACCGUCCUCCCCUGGUCAUUUUUAUGGUCAGUGUGAGUGCUGUGGCCAUCACCUUCCUCACCAUAGGGUAUUUCUUUAAGAUCAAAGAAAUCAAAUCCCCUGAGAUGACCGAGGACUGGAACACCUUUCUCCUCCGCUUCAACGAGCUGGACUUCUGCAUCUCGGAGAAUGAGACGCUGAAGCACGGCCUGAACGAGUCCAUCACUCCCGAUAGCACGGUCCCCAGUGGCCAGGGUCGCUCCAGCACUCAGGCGCCCCUCGUGCUGGAGGACCCAGGGCCCAUCAACAUCUCCGUGCCCAUCACACUCACUCUCGAUCCACAGCGCCCGUUUGGGGGCUACUCCCGCAACAUCACCCACCUGUACGCCACCAUACUGGGCCAGCAGGUUGGCCUAACUGGAAGGGAGGCUCACGAGGAGAUGAACAUAACCUUCACCCUGCCUGCGUCCUGGAACUCGGACGACUGUGUCCUGCAUGGCCACUGUGAGCAGGUGGUGUUCAGCACGUGCAUGACCAUCACUGCAGCCAGCAAUGUCUUUCCCGUCACAGUGCAGCCACCCCACUGUGUCCCAGAGACGUAUUCCAAUGCCACGUCGUGGUACAAGAUCUUCACGACAGCCCGGGACUCUGACACCAAGUACACACAGGAUUACAAUCCGUUCUGGUGUUACAAAGGAGCUAUUGGAAAAGUGUAUCAUGCACUGAACCCCAAACUCACCGUCAUUGUCCCAGAUGACGACCGCUCCCUGAUAAACCUUCACUUAAUGCACACCAGCUACUUCCUGUUUGUGAUGGUGAUCACAAUGUUCUGCUAUGCAGUCAUUAAGGGUCGGCCUGGAAAAGUAAGAGCGAACAACAACAACUCCGACUUCUGCCCUGAGAAGAUGAUUCAUUCUCCCCGAGGUAACUGCCCAAACACUAGCCACAUGUUUCACUCCAAGACAGCCCAGAAUGUUUGCAACCCAGGACAACCUCAACCAUCCUACAAAAGUGGCCUUGUCGGAGGGAUAAAAGCGACGUCUAAACAGAAUCAUAUCUGGUGAGGAAAAAAAAAAUAUAUGGAGAAGAAACUUGCCUACUGAACCCAUGGGAAGGGUGCAAAACUCUGUGAAUGCAUUUUCUCUGCAAUGUUGGGUCCCUCCAACCAAAGACAUAUAAGUGCCUGUGUCUACUGUGUACAUAUUUGUAGAACUCUUAUUCAGUACAGAAGCAGUUUGUCUGAGCCCACCUCACCUCCCCUCCUGUGCCAUCCUAUUUCGUGUCUGCAAGGAAAAGAUCAGCAGUACCCCAUGACAGCGGAUGGAGAAACGGGACUGAAGCGCUUCAUUCUGUAUGAUACUUCUGUCGCGUUCUUUAACCUUCUGAUAGACUUCUGCUUCCAGAAGACGAAGUUCUCCCAUUCUGCAUUCACAACAGCUUCAUCUGUACUUGAGGGUGACUGUCUGGGAUCCUGAAAGAACUUUGUUUUUGCCUUUUUUGCUUGUUUGCAUUUGUGUCUUGUUGUUGUUUUUUUUUUAUCCUGAGUCACUUCCUUCCUGAGUUUGGCAUUGAGGUGCAAUGUGUCUUAAAAACUGUGUGGAUGAGAAACCGGCCGUUGGGCCCUGUGUGAUAACAGAUGCCGAAGCUGGUAAAUGAUGUGGUCGUGUCCCUGGCUUCCUGCUUCAAGUAGUAGUGAAGAGAGGUUGGGGGGCAUAUUUACCUCAGUCAUGCGCAAGUUUUUUUUUAUUAUUAUUAUUAUUCUGUUGUAGUCCAUUUCCUCCAGCUCACUCAAAGUUUGAGUUUUAGGUUCCAAAUAUCCCCUUGAUUGUAAUUUUAUCAGUUACUGAUCAUCCUUCCUACUUCUGUGUGACUCCCCCGAGUGAAUCUUAAGACAGAGGCCGUUGGCAUAUCUUCUUGUACUCAAGAUGGUUUUGGAAUCUUAAAGCACUUUAAGUGAAUGGGUGUAUUUUAUUGCAUUAUUCUGUUGGAUUUACACAUUCAUCGCUUGUAGGACUCAGUGUGUACUUGCCUUUUUUUUCAGUUUACUAUUCAAUGCUUCUCUGGCAGCGGCUCAGUAGUCUUGAUUAGCUUCUGUUUUUGUUUAGCUUGAUGAAUUCACUGUAGGAUUGAAUGUACUUUACUACAGCAACGCUAACACCGACAGUGCAGCACUCUGACUUUGAUAAUCAAUUGCAUCAUUUCCGAUCCAUUCUCUUUUUUUUUCGCCUUGGCUUUUUCUUUUUGAUAGUGUCAUUGACAUCAUAAACACUUUUUUAUUUAUUUUGGCAGUGUAUCCCUUUAACCUAUUUCGUAGAAAACACACUGUUUUUCUCUGCAGCUUUUUCAUAUGAAACAUAUAUAUUUUUUCAUGAUUUUGUGGAAAUAUUAAGUAAUAAGUCAGUAUGGGUUUCAUAAACCUACUGUCAUAGCCUAGCCUGACACAAUGGCUGCCUAUGCUUUACACAUGCUGCGCCCUGUGGUCCAGUCUCAGCAUUUGGUUGUGUUAUUUCCAUUCCCUUGGAACUCUGCUUUUUCUGACAUUCUGAUGGUCGUCACCAGUCUUCCCACCACCAGACAUUGAUAUGGCAUGAUCGUAAAGACGUAUGGCUUGUGGCAUCUAUACCUGUUUUGGAACAUGGCCACCACAAACAAAUCCUGUGUGUCCAUGAGCUAUGGCUCGCUACACAUGAAGGCAUGAGAGAUUCUAGGUCAAGCAAAUGUAUUUAAUAUGGCUUAUCCUUCAAUUCUUUGUCAAACAGUGUGUGUGUGUGUGUGUAUGUGUGUGUGGACUUGAUGCACUGGCCCAUACUGUAAAAUGCCUUAAUGCCAUUAUUCAUUACUGAAACCAUCAUGCCACUCUGCUUUUCUCCUUCAUCCUAACGUUGAGUUGCAUUCAAGGUGUUUGUAGCAGAGCACGACGAUUUGCCUUCUCAGUAAGUUAUUCCGCUAGUGCUUGACCACUCCUAACUGUGCACAUCAUGCAUCCUUGCAUAUCAUGGUGAAUAUUAACUUCUGUAGCUUUGCAGGCAAUUCUGUGAGUUGUUUUCUUAAUGGAAAUGAAAAACAUUAAUAUCAACCUUUUGUGAUGUUUGGCCAAAUAUGUCAGUGAAUUUAAAACACUAUAUCACAAUUAGUGCACAUCAUUUGAAAUUGCCCCAGCACAGAAUUGGGUUACAAUUGAGUGGAGUAUGAGUAUAGUAUUUCAGGAAGUAAUUCACCUUUUUUUCCCCCACCAUGCCUCGACUGUCUGUGAUUGCCAGUUAGAAUAGUCCAUUUCUUGUCUUGCUAUUUUUCUGCCAGAAAUACAUUUCCACCACAUACAAGCACCCAUCUAGCCACGUAUGUGCCUUUGCACUGGCCACCUCUGACACCUUUGUAAAUAAUUGUGUUUUUUUUUCCUUUUUCAUAACGUAGUGACGAAGGUCAUUGAUACAAUGACCCAAUGUUUCAUUAAACUGCUGUAAAUGAUAAUAAGUAUGAGCAAAUCUGUCCGAUGUCCUGUACGUCUUACGUGUUCACAUAGGCAUUCUCCCGUGUUAUUGUUUCCUUAAAACAUUGCAUUUGGGCCAGUAUGGUUUGGAUCCAAUCUUGUUUUGCUUUGCCAGCUCAAAUAAUACUUGUCCAAUUCAUGUGAAUGAAUCUUAAGGUUUUCCUUCUGUAGCAACAAGACUAGAGUGAUUUUAAAUUUGUAGUUGUUUUUGAUGAUUUGAACUGAACUCACAUGAACGUGCACUGAGAUUUUUGUUUCCUUUGAAUAUUUGAAACACUUAUAAAAGAGCAAUGCAGUUAGUAUUUAAUAUGUUCUCCCAUGUGUCCAAUAUACCUAUUUUUAUUUCUCAUUUUGUAAUCCGGGCAUGAGUGUUCGCCUAAAGGAGAGUGCAGUUAAACAAACUAUUGUUGGAAGUUUAAAUGAGUUGGUAUUGAUAUUUGCACAGAUGUCAUACUGUUUUUAACAGCAAGCCUGUGAAAUCCAUUUUGAUUUGAUUGAAAUUCAUACAAUGCACCUGGCACAUCAGCGACUAUAUCCAUUUAAGUUGUUAACUGAUGGAAAUGGGCUCCAGAGAUAGAUUUGUCUCUUGCUUAGAGGGAUCCUCUUUACUUUUUUGCCUGACGAAGAUCUAUGAUUGAUCGACACAUUGCAGCUUACCUUUUUUUGAAAGAGCAUCAAUACAGUGUACUGUACAUUGUUCGCUGGUUUCUCUUUGUUCCUCUACUUUGACCAUUAGAAAAAGACCAGAAGAGACAGCAAAAUGUUGAGAUGUCAGAGGCUCUGAUCGUAGUUUACUGUCUCUCUCUUGGACUUGACGCUUUGAUGGAUGCUUGAUCGUUGUCCCUUUUAAGUGACGUGAAGAGUACACAGGUUGCUCUCUGGGAAGAGAACACGCGGUACCAUACUUCUUUCACCUGUCUUGUUGCAUGACUGUAAAUGUUACAACUGCUGUUAUGUUUGUAUGAAGACAAUCCCUGUUUCUGUGCUGUUUGUAAAAUACUGUAGGCACAUGCUUUGCUGAAUAAAAUCAAAUAUAACAAAGAUUCCACCACUGGGAAGGGAAAAUAUGUUGUG